AUGAAACAAAGAGAGAGAUCCCAUGGAUAUCUAUAUAAACAAAUUUGCAAACAUUUAAAUGUGCCUUUUUCAUCAAGCUUGCUUAAUGGUAUUUAGGAGACAGAAAUUGUUAUAGUAUUAGACCAAAUCAGUUAAUAGGGUAAAAACAUCAAGAUUCAAUAGAUAUUGAGCCUCUUUCUUUAUUGUUGCCUCAAUGCAAAUUUAAGAGGAUCAUAUUGAAAAGUAUUUAAAAGAACCUCAAAUUGAACAAGUCAAUGGCUACUGAUAAUUAUAAAAUGGAAUUACUUGAAAUUUUGAGAGUGAUAACGAAGCUGUUCACCAAGAGCUUGGACGUGAUCUCGUUGGUAAUUCGAGACAUUAGAAUGAAUAGUGAGCACAUGCAGAUAAUAGCAUAAGGAAUAGCAGUUGUUUAAUCUUUAAAGGAAUUGCGUAUAAUAUAAUGCUUGAUGACUUCCAAUCAUUUCAGUAUUCUGUAGCCAUCGUUAAUUCAGAAUUCCUCGCUACAUAUCCUCGAUUUCUCACAUAAUUAUCUAACACAUCAAAUUGGGGUUUUUUUGGGAUAAUUACUCCAAGAGCAUGGCAAAAGAAGGGAUAAUGUCGAAUAUCUAUAUAGAAUUAAAGGAGAUUGUCCUGAAGAAGACAUAUCUAAAAUAGGAUUGGAGGAACUGGAUUUAUCAUAUAAUAAGUUAAAUGAUUAAUUUGUGAAAGAUGUGGUGCCAUUUUUGGAGAGAGAUAGAUGGGUUAAAUAAAUCAAUCUUAAAUACAAUGCCAUUCAGAAGGAAGGCUUUGAGAUUUUGAUCUAAUUGCUUGACAAGAAUUCAACCAUCACAAGUUUGGAUAUAAGGAGAAAUCUUGGAUCUACAUAACAAUUUUAGAAGGAGGUCUUAAAAAAGUUGAUAAGGAAUAAAAAUACAAAAAAUGAUAUUCAAUAAUAGAGAUUAGAUGACGAUAAUGAGAAUAUUUCUGUCAAUGUUUCUGCGAUUCCAUAAAACUUACAAUCUGUUAUUUCAGAUCAAGAAAGUCCAGUGAUGUCUUUUGGAGUAUUUGAACCCAAUAACCUUACGAAACAGAUGUCCAAUAACUCUGGGAGAUAAGAUUAAUUGAAAUUGAAAUCUGGAUUAAAAAACAGCGAUUCAGGUUGUUCUGAUUGUAAUCGUUUACAAAUUAAAUCGAAAAAGUAGUCGCAAAUAAUUUAGUUACUGAAAUAAGAAGUUCAAUUUUUAAGAUUUCAACUUCAAAGCAAAUCGUAAUUGCCUGAAUAAUAGUUGUAACAAUAAUCAUAAUAAUAAGUUAUAAAUGAACUAAAUUUCUCAGAAAAUAAUCAUAAUCCUCCUCCUUAAGAGAUUGAAUAAGACGACAUGGUUAAUAAAAUAGAAUAUAUGAUGAAUGACUUAACUAGAAUGAUGGAUGGAUUAGAUGUUUAAGGGAGUGUGACAAAUAAUCUGAAUGCACAUUUAUCUAGUACUUUGAUUGUAUAGGAUUAUACAAGGGCAAUAUUUGAAAGAGAAGACAGAGCAAAUGAUUUAAUCAAUAUUUUAGACGAGAAUAGUAAUAAUAACUUAUCAUAAUCUUCGGAUGAAGAACAAUAAUGA